AUGGAAUUAUCAGUUAUUUUGGUAGAUGCAGAUGAAGAGGCGAAAUUAAGCAGAGUAACUGUAACUCGUUUAAUUGGGAAAAAAAUUAAUACAUUCAAAUUUACUUUAAUCGAAUAUGAGAAUGAACCAAUAUUUCCAAAUAGUAAAUUUAUCGAACCGGAAUCACUUUACCAACGAUUGAAGAUAAAAAUGAAACGAUUAACUCCAGAAGCAGCAGAAGAAACAUUUACUUUCUUAUACAAAAUAGAAAAAUUAAAAGAACAUGCAAAAAUUUUACCGCUAUGUAUACCAAAAAUGAGAGAAGCAACUUCAACGCAUAUUAUAUUAGAGGAUGAUUUUGAACAUUUUGAAAUUUGUCGUGCAAAUUGGUACGGUAUUAAACAUUUUCAAAUUGUUUUGGAAACAAUAGCCGAAUUUCAUGCAUUUAGUUUUCAUAUAAAAAAGUUACAUGAACGAAAACGAAUGCGACCAUUUGCAGAUGCAAAUCGAUUUGUGAAUGAUGAAAUUUUUUAUAAUAAAAAAUAUGCAAUUACUCGAAGAUUGCAAAGACAAGAAUUUCAUAGUCAUAUGUUUUUAAUUGAUCAAUUAAAUGAGACGGAAUCGUUGCGGAACGAUAUUAAAUUUGUGAGUCAUACGUUCAACGUUUUCUCAUAUUGUGAUCCAUGGGCAGGGGAUAAUUUAAUGUUUGAAUAUCAGUUUGGAUCGGUGAAAUCGUGCCGAUUAUUGGACUUUAAAUUUAUUCGGUAUUUACCCCCAUCUCAUGAUGUCUUAAGUGUUAUUUAUUAUAAUUCGACAAAGAAAUUCCGAAAAGAAUGUUAUGUAACAUUAUUGAAUUAUUAUUACGAACAAUUAUCGGAACGUUUAAAAGCAUAUAAAUAUGAUCCAAAAGAAAUUUAUCCAAGAGAUGCAUUUGAUAAAGCAUGUUCGGAUCGCUUAUUAACUAUUUUAUUUUAUAAUAUUAAUUAUAAGGUGAUUGCGUUGCUUGGUCCAAAAAAAUUUAAUGAACAUUUUAAAGAUAAUAGUGUGGUCAUUGAUUUUUUAUUGGAUAAUCGUGUCAAUCACAUUGAACAGUUUAUGCAAAAGGAUGAAUGUUACCGAUUGAAUAUUAUAGAGGAAUAUACUGAGUUUGUAUCUGAAUUAAUGAACUAA